GGGGCGCAGAGCGGCCGCCCGGGGGCGCCGUAUGGGGCUCGUCCUCGGGCUGAGGCGAUGGGCGGGGCGGCGGCGCGGCGGGCCCGAGGGCGACGCGGCGGCGCAGGGGCGGGCGAGCCCACGGCGCGGCGCCCCCCACGCCCCCCGCCCCCCAGCGACUGCGGAGAAUGAGCGCCUCUGGCCGCCGAGAGCAGCCGGAGAAUAAACCCCGAUGAUCUCGGGCUGAUCCCGCACCCACGACCAUGUCGGUGGCCUUCGCGUCCGCCCGGCCGAGAGGCAAAGGGGAGGUCACGCAGCAAACCAUCCAGAAGAUGCUGGACGAGAACCACCACUUGAUCCAGUGCAUCCUGGACUACCAGAGCAAGGGCAAGACGGCCGAGUGCACCCAGUACCAGCAGAUCCUGCACCGGAACCUGGUCUACCUGGCCACCAUCGCCGAUUCUAACCAGAACAUGCAGUCCCUGCUGCCCGCCCCGCCAACCCAGAGCCUGGCGCUGGGCCCCGGAGGGCUGUCCCAGAGCGGCUCGGGCCAGGGCCUGCACUCGCAGGGCAGCCUCAGUGACGCCAUCAGCGCGGGCCUGCCACCAUCCUCCCUCAUGCAGGCCCAGAUCGGCAACGGUCCGAACCACGUGACCCUGCAGCAGACGGCGCAGAGCACGCUGCCCACCACCUCCAUGAGCAUGUCCGGCAGCGGCCACGGCUCGGGGCCCGGCUACAGCCACUCGGGACCGGCCUCGCAGAGCAUCCCCCUGCAGGGCCAGGGCGCCAUCAGCAGCUACGUGUCCCGGGCCAACAUCAACAUGCAGUCCAACCCAGUGUCCAUGAUGCACCAGCAGGCAGCCUCGUCCCACUACAGCGCGGCACAGGGCGGGAGCCAGCACUACCAGGGCCAGUCCAUGGCCAUGAUGGGCCAGAGCGGGCAGGCGGGCAGCAUGAUGGGGCAGCGGCCCAUGGCGCCCUACCGGCCCUCCCAGCAAGGCUCGUCCCAGCAGUACCUGGGCCAGGAGGAGUACUACGGCGGCGAGCAGUACGGCCACGGCCAGGCCGCCUCGGAGCCCAUGAGCCAGCAGUACUACCCUGACGGACAUGGCGAUUAUGCCUACCAGCCGGCGUCCUACACGGAGCAGAGCUACGACCGGUCGUUUGAGGAGUCCACGCAGCACUACUACGAGGGCGGAAACUCACAGUACAGCCAGCAGCAGGCGGGGUACCAGCAGGGCACAGCCCAGCAGCAGACGUACUCCCAGCAGCAGUACCCCAACCAGCAGAGCUACCCCGGGCAGCAGCAAGGCUAUGGGCCUGCCCAGGGCGCCCCCUCGCAGUACUCGAGCUACCAGCAGGGACAAGGCCAGCAGUACGGAAGCUACCGAGCGUCUCAGACGGGCCCGUCCGCCCAGCAGCAGCGGCCUUACGGCUACGAGCAGGGCCAGUACGGAAAUUACCAGCAGUAAAGGACAAACAUUCUUAUGGAGCCUUGCAGCGGCAUGUCUGUCUGGGACAGACAGGCCAGUGACAGUUCUGAUGAGCUGUGACCUGCGGGCUGCCCCUUCACCCCACGCAGCGUCUGCAUGUGAAGCGUGCACAUUUCACGUGGGGCAGGACGCCGAGCGUGCACCGCUGGUGCAAGACAGCGCUUUGAUGGUGUGACAUAUUUGGUGCUGUGUAUAGUAUUGUAUGUCCAUACAACGGAGAGGUUGUCCCUUUUUGUCCGCCCCCCCCCCGCAGUGUUUCUAGCUAGCUUUAGGGGUCCUUUUGUCAUCAGAGUGUUCUGUGCCCAGUGAUGGGACAUACCUACAAGAGGCCAUAGUCCACGUACUUGUAUAAACAGACCUUAGGUCUGACGCGUCUCAUGCACUGUCGUACUGUGGGUUGUAAACUUGUCUUUCACUGGCCGCACCGCAGCUGGACACGUGUGCACAGCCCCUGGAUGGCAGCCUCUUCCUGUGCCUCGAUGUGGGGGGGGGGGGUGGGUGGGAGGCAUCUUCUGUGAUUUGCGUCAGUUUCUGUUACACGAUGGAAAGGAUGACUAAGCCUCAUUUGGAGACGCUGUGGACCGUUAUUUUCAGAGCUCACUCGUUAUACCUGUGUCUCUCACCAAUCGUGUUUAUCCAAAAAGUUAUAUGUUUUUGUAUUAAAAAGUAAAGAGGGAUCAAUGACUGUUCUAAAUAAAUAGGAAUCCAUGAAGGCAAUGAAUGAUUAGCCUUACCCAGGGAGAGUGGUGUUGCUGAAGGAAAGAGAAGGUAGUCUCUGGAAUUACUUUGGCUUUGGCCCUGGUUUAUCUGAUGGUCAUUUCUGGAAUUUUAAUAUUCAAUAUGCCCAAUUCCAAAGUUAUAAUUUAAAAUAUUGACACCAAAUUUUCCAAACUGUUGGCAAGUUGUUUAUUUUAUACUACUUCUUCCAGGACCUACUUAUUCAGAUCUCCAAGCAAGUGUUCCUUUUCUUUUAGGGAUAUCUGAAAUUCACAUCUUAUAUUUAAAAAGAACACCACUGAUUUUACUGUGUUCUUCCUAAUGAGAAUGAAAGCUCUUAUGGAGAGAAAUUUGAGUUAAUUUUUACAUUCCUAGGACAUUAAAUGCCAUUUAAAUUCUGUGCAGACAUUAAAAACAGCUCAUGUGGAAAAGUCAGGUCAAAGGAAAAAUUCUACAUUUCACUAAUAAGUCAUGUGGACAUUUUAUCAACUCUUACCUGUAUAACAAUAUCCAUUAUUUAUUAUGACCCCUUUAAAAACAUCUUUGGAUAAAUGCUGACAUAUUUCCAAGACAACCAAGAAAAUAAAAAUAUAUCCAAUUCUUCAUAUAUCAGGUCUACUGAAGGUGAUGUUUUAUUAAGUCUUAAAGUAGUUCUUUAUCCAGAAUUGAAUACUUUACAGUUUAUUAAGACAUUUUCGAUGUGUUUUUACUGGAAUGAAUUCCUACAGUCCACACUGGGAAUCUGGUGGCAAUUACUUGUUGCUGUUUUACAGAUGAAUCACUAAGGCUCAGAGGAAAGAAGGGACGGGUCGAGUAUUAGUCCUGUUCUAGGACCUUCUCCCCUCCUCUGUGGAGACAGAAUCACACAUGCCUUGGGAUAGAAGUGUUUAUUUUGUAGACAUACGGGUUUUUAGAAACCCUUAGCACUGGUAAGGGCUUAAAAAUACAUCUCUGUAUUAAGUUAUUGAAAUGAGAGUCCUUAACUGCUAAAUGACACAGACAUUAGUAAUUUCAUUUGGGGAGCCAUUUCCCUUGAUUUUGUCCUGUUCUUUCCUGACAAUUUUCAUAGAACUAAUUUGCAAACUCAGUCGGGGAUUAAAUUUUCCCGUUGAAAACAUUAAGCAUUUCAGAGAACUGUGAAAAUAGUUUAUUUUUAUUUCUUGCCAGUCUGGGAAUAUGCCUUGUGUGUGUGUGUGUGUGUGUGUGUGUGUGUGUUUGGUUUUUUUAAGUGCUGUAUUAAUACUUUUUGAAGGAAAAGGACACAAAAAAACUUAUCCCGAAACUUCAAUCUGAAAUGUCUUACAUUAAGAAUUUCUUGAAUGUUGUGUAUAUAUUUUUAAAAGCACUUUGUGAAAUAGUUUGUACAUCUAUUUCCUAAUUUAUACAUGAUUGUCGGUGUUCAUAUAUUUAAUGAUUAAUAACAAAAUGUUUAUUUAACGUGCUGUCCGUUUUUAUGUAAUAUUGUGGGGAAGUGAUGCCAGCAGCUCGUUUCCGUUCACUGUUCUGUGUCUCCUCUUCCGCAACACGAAUGUCUGCAGACGCUUAGGCCCGAGAGUCGCUCGCGCGGUGCGGUCGGUGCCGCCGAGUUGCCACGGCCGAGGCCCGGGCCGGGCGGGCCUCGAGCGGUGACCGGCGCGGCCCGCGGAGGUGCCGACAGCGCCCAGGCCGCCGGCUGGCCCCGCCGCCUCCGGCCCGAGCAUCCUUCGCGCACCCGCAGCCGGGCCUCGGCGGUCCGUGCGGGGCGGCCGCUCACACUCGGACCGAGAGGAGGGCGUUUCCGUGUGACUUCCCGGCCCUGACUGAGCAGGUCACGCCGUCUCGUCCGUGAACACAGCCCGUUCCCGGACAACCAUCCUCACCCGUCCGUUUCUCUCCUCAGCCGGACUUUGGCGUCUAAGUUGUUUAUGCCUUUGUUGUGAUUAAUAAACUGGCUCUUCGAGAACCGUC